UUUUUAUAGGAAGUCAGUGUUAACUUACUUAUAAGAAUUCCUUGUCUUACUAGAUUUAUAGAAUGCCUAGAUGAAAUAUAUAGUUUGAUUUAGUGGUUUUCAACAUGCAGAGUGUCACAAAAUGUGUGAAUUUCAUGACGAAACGCCUUUUUCACCAAACGAGCUUUGUUUUAAAGAAACAAGGGAUCCCGUAUCCAAAAGGUGUGCCUGUUCCUCCAGAUUACCCCACAGUAGCAUAUUGGAAACUGCCAGAUUACCUUGACCCACAGAGGUGGAAUUAUUUGAAAGAAAAUAGAUUCACGAAGCAUCAUGGUACGUUCUCUAUGCAACGAGAUGCACGAAAACGAGCUGUGGCAACUUUUUAUGGACCUUUACGACAUCGACUGAUGUGUUUAAAAAGAAAUCGAAUCUUGCCGGAUGAAUUAAAGGACAUUGCAUCUGAAGAGAUGGUGCGAUUGCCAAAAGAUUCGAUGCACAAAAUGGUCAAGAGACGAUGCGUUGUUACAGGACGAAGGAGAGGCAAGCGAAAGCGAUGGAGGCUCAGUAGAAUAGUUUUCAGAAAAAUUGCUGAUCAUGGAAAAAUGUCAGGAAUUGAAAGAGCUUUUUGGGAUGGAGGGUCACAAGGCAAUUAUGUCAGUUUAUGGAAACAGACAAAGAAGAAGAAACAUUGAUAUUUCUAUUGUUUUAUACUAUUUAUAAAAGUACUUUGAUUUGGAGACCGACUUGUUGAUAUAUGUUGGAGCAUAUAGGGUUUGGAAAACCAGUAUUUAAUGCAGUGGUUCCCAACCUUUUAUGGCUUGUCGCCCCCUUUCGGGGGCUUUUAGCACUCAAGACCCCCUGUUCACCUAUCCAAUGGUAUUUAUAGUGUUGUUUUGAUUGGUAAAUUCCAAAUCCUAUUAUGUCCAAACACCCUGGAAAGACAAGGGACCACGGUUAAGUAAUGUUCAUCUUGUAGAGUAGGCUACCUGUGUGUAUUGUCAGUUUGUACAGUUUUCAAAACAAAUUAUCUACCUGCUCAUCUA